AUAGACAAAAACUUUGGAUGUAACAUAGUCUAUGUAUUAUUUUCAACGGGGACGACAAGUAAGAAAGACGUGCUUAACCGACAAAAUAAGGUUCAGCUAAAUCAGUCCAUUACUGGCAGCAUUUUGAAUAGAAUCCAAUACUCGGCUUGUUAUUGCGCAAGAUGCAGUCUCCUAAAGAUAUUCCUCAGAAGCAUUCAGUGAACGAUUCCCCAGGAGGCCAUCACCCAGGAUCCCCUGUUCAACAUGGCCAUUUCCUCAUCCCCAGCCCUAUCAUUACAAGGAGAAUGAGGACAAAUUCAGUGUCAGAGAGAGCCAAACAGGGUCCAGUAUUGAAAGGCAAAGUGAAAAGUUUCUGCAGAACCAAGGGCCAUGGUUUUAUCAUUCCUGCCGCAGGUGGUGAACCAUUAUUUGUACAUAUAUCAGAUAUUGAAGAAGAAUAUGUCCCAAAAGAGGGGGAUGAGGUGACAUACCAGGUUGUACACGUACCUCCAAAGAACGAGAAGUUCCAGGCUGUGCACGUACAUAUCACAAAUCUAGUGCAAGGAGUUACACAUGAAAAAUGGGACACUCCGCCUGCCAGUCCACAGACUUCUCCCAAUAAGUGACCACAGCUCUCCACAGACAGUGCAGCAAAACCAUGCCCAUAGGUGUGAAUGGGGGUUGACAUGCUUUAUGUUUUCAAAGAAAUAUAUAUUAAGGACCAUUUUUUGAUAUUGAUCUUGAUUUUUGUUAAAUGAAAAUCUCCACGUUUUCUAUGAUAAAUGUAGAUGACUGAAAGGUACUAGUAGUAUUUCAGUGCAGAUUUGUACUGUGGAUGAACUGAUUAUCUGUGGAUUCUGGCCCCAAUAUCUUCUUUGUGUCAGGCGUAUUGCUCGGCAGUGAUUUUUUAGUUAGGAUAUUUCAAAUAAGGUUUUUGUCAUAAAUGAUAAAAUAUGUGGUGAUGGGGCUUAUUAUCUUAUAGAAAUAAAAUUGAAGUUUAUUUCA